GGCGCAAUACAUCCUUUCACUGCCGGGGGUAUCCUUAUAUAUAGAAGUAUUCGAUCAAGACUCGCAUCGCAAUGACUCGAGACUCGUGUCGAGCACCCAAGGACUCGACCGUAUCAAGUAAUCACAGGAUGAUCGGGAUAAUUCAAACAAUCCGGUUCUCCGUGUUCGUCCUUCUAAUCGUCACGGUCGUUGUUGGUUCAGAAGCGCACGAAAACAAAGACGGAGGCGGUAGUCUAGCAUACAGCAGCGCUUCAGCGUCCGCAAACGCAUUCACGGGUGCAGGUGCAAACACAUUUGCAUUGAGCAAUGCAAAUGCAUUUACUGGAAUUGGAGAUUUGCCUGGAACCAUAGGAGGACACGACGGACACAAAGGAAUCCGCAGUUACGACAACACUGGCUACGGUGGCAAUAAUCAGGCGAAUGGCGGAGUUAAAGGGAGCCGAGCCCAUGGUUGUACAAAGUGCAAGUGGGAAGACGACGAUUACUGGGAAAAAGACGAGGAGGAAAUCGAACCAGAAGAAAAAGACGAAGACGAUUGCUAUGACGGAGAUGAUGGACAAUACAAGGAGCACGAUCACGGUCACCACCAUAGGAAUAAAGGUGAAUCGCCUCCGACUGUACAGAAAUUAGGUGCAGCUAAUCCUAUCGGUCAAGGACCGUACACAGGUGUUGGAUCUUCGGCAAAUGCUGCGGGUAAUGCGAAUAGUGGCGCUCCGACAGGAACUGGACCAAUCAAAGCAGGACAUCCACAAAUUGGAAGUCCGAGUUCAGGUUUGCCAUGGAAUAAAACCCCUCCAGUCUCUGGCAGGGGUACAUAUGGGCCCGGUCAACCGACCAAUCAGCAAGUUGGGCCAGGAUGGCAAACCGGUUCUGGAACUCCGUCGAAACCUAACUGGAAUGAAGCGUACGGUGGUUCGACAUCUGGAACAGGUUCGCAUCCUUCUGGAAGUUGGAACGGAGCCAUUGGAAGUGGACCGAACAUGGGUAUAUCGCAACCACACGGUGGAAGUUGGAAGAAUGGACCCGAAACAGGUUCUGGAUGUUCCGGCAAUUAUCAACCAGGCACUGACUGUGCUCAAGGUCUAAACAACGCCGGCCCUGUGAAGCAAUCUCAAAUACCGUCCGUUGGAAUCAACAUUGGGAACGUACGAAAAGAAAAUGCUGCUGGUUAUUCUACAGUUCCUACGGCAGAAUAUAACCCUCAAGGAUCACCGUCUGCAUGUUCUGGUAACCCCUAUGGCAGUUGUACCUAUCAACCUGCCGAUCAAAAGAAACCACACGGCAGUCCCGUUGGACCUUCAGGUCCAACUACAGGUCCAGGGCAGUAUUUUGGAAAUCCUUCCGGACCUUCUUUUGGUCCCGGUACAGGACAAGGACACAGUCCGGUGUCUUACAGUAGAAGUCCAGGAAACUCUGGAAAUAUAGGGAGACUGGGAAGUUUAGGAAAUACUGGAUAUUCGACAGGUUCUCAAAGUCCUAAUGGUGUGGCAAAUGCUGUAAGUUCGAGUAUAGCUUACGCCGGAACAGGUCCUGCGAUCUCUGGAAACGGACGUGAUUCUGGUCACCCUACCGGUAAUGCACCGGCUUCCGGUUCUCCAUUUGGAAAUGCACAGUCACCAGGUUCUCCAAGGCUUCAAAAUGGAAACAUUCCUUAUGGAACUGGAAAGCCAAGUCCCUCUGUUAUCAAAGGUACAAGUGGAAGUACAGGAUUAACCUCUGAACAAGAUACUGCUAAAAAUGGAGAUAGCAAAAUCUUCUAUAUAAACGUAACCCCUGCUCCAGGAAGUCCUGUCGGACAUAAACCUCAUACGCCUGAUAGUGGUAUCGGAGCAACACAGCCUUCCUAUCCACCUAGCUCUCACGAUAACACAGGACCAAUAAAACCUGCUCAUAAAUCUAAUCUUUACGAUAUAUCUGGCGCAACAAAUCCUUCAAAUCAGCCUGGUCCGUAUGGUGGCCCAGAUACAACAAAGUCCUCUAAUCAGCCUAGUUCUUAUGGUGGCCCAGACGCAACAAAGUCCUCUAAUCAGCCUGGCUCGUAUACUGGUACCCGAACAACAGGACCAUCCUAUCAACCUGGUCCUUAUGGUGGCCCAGGCACAACAAAGUCUCCGUUCCAGCCUAGUCCUUAUGGCAACAUCGGAACAACUAAACCUUCGUAUCAGCCUGGUCCUCAUUAUGGCCCUGAUGAAACAAAGUCUUCCUCCAAUCAGCCUGGCACUUAUGGUAUUCCUGGAAUAACAAAGCCCAAUCAGCCAAAUUUAUCUGAUGGUUGCACCAGUGGACCUGAAAAUUGCGGAAAUAGGAGAGGUUGUAAUGGUGGAACGAGUGAUAAUGGAUCUCCAGAAAAUAAACCUUGUGGCCAGCAGAACAAUCCACCAGGCAUUAACAAGAGUUCUGGGCCAAUAGGAAGUUUCCCAACAUUCCCGAAUGAUAUUUCGCAAAGUUCACAACAAAUCGUGCCUGCAGUAGGCAGUCGACCAUUUAACGGAUUCCCUACUGGAGGUGGAAAUAGUCCACAUGGUUGCACAGCCGGAUCCGGUGUCUGUGUUCCUUCUUCGGGGAUUCCAGCGUACCCAGAUAACGUGAAUAAAAUUUCCGGAAAGGAAAGACCAUAUCAAUCGAAUCUAUUCUUAACAGGAAAGAUUCCUAGUCCAAGUGCUGAUGGCCCAUCCUUAACAACAAUCGAUAGCAAUAAACCAAUCGGUUAUGGAAAUCCCUUCUUACAAGGAACAGUGCAACCAGGAAACAGUGGUAUAGCCACAGGGGCGCAAGCUUGGAGUCAUGCCGACACCUUGGUAGGAACCAAUCCGAGCACCAAUGAUAAGAAUAUGCCUUCCAUUGGAGCAGGGGGAAAUAAACAUUUUGACAAAAAUAACCCUUUCCUUAAUGGCUCAGGACCAAAGCGAGGAGACAUAGGAAUUGAUAGCAACACUGCCCCAACGUCCAGUGGAUCUUUUGUUCCGAACGCUGACAAUACCAAACUGAGCCAAACGAAUGAAAAACCUACCUUUAAUGAUAAAUCUCAAGGGGAAAAUGCUAGACCUUCCGAUCAUUAUUCUGGCUCGAGUUGGAAUGGAGGAUUUUCAAGUGGCAAAAAUCCGUCUACGGCAAACCGUGGCUCAGGAAGUGGAGGAGGUGUUGGAAUCGGUUCAGAUGGGUUCGGAAAUCUUGGACAUGAUAACGGAAAUGCUUUCGGUGGUGCUUUCUCUGGAGCGUUUAGUAGUGCUCAAACUUCUGGAAUCGCUGAUUCCAAACCUGGCUCACAUUCCAGUUCCGGAGCACCAGCACAAGUGUUCGGACAAGCGAACAGUGGAAGCUGGGCUUCCAGUGGGGCUAGCGCAGGAAGUGGAGCUGGAAGUGGUUCCUGGUCCUCCAGUGGUGCAUCCGCUUAUGCGAGCAGUAGUGCCAGCAGUUGGGCAGGUGCAGGUGCAGGACCGAGUUUUGUAAAAGGAUAGUUUCGCAAAGGAUAGUUUCCUAAAGGAUAAUCGACGGGAAUAUUAUGAAUAGCUGAAGAUAAAUCUCAGACAUUCGCAAACUGUGAAAACGAUCGUUUUAUUUUGCUUCAUUUGUAUUUCUAUUCCUAAUUUAUUUGAUCUAUUAGUCGUUCCUGAUACAAUCUUGUAUAAAGAGAAUUGCUGCUUUUUCUACUCUUCGAAUCCUAUACGCGAGCCUUUAUAAUUGACCGGGAAUUAAAGCCGAUUCCUCGAAGCGAUUGUACUACUAUUAUACGAAAGAUCGUUAUCAAUCGAUGUUUAACAUGUUAAACGCCACGUCGGUUUUACAUGCCGUUCCGUUCACGUCGCAGUUAACCGUCAUGCGGGCCCUUUCGGGCCAUACGGACCGGUGAGACCUGAACGGAAAGUCUAGCGACGGCCCCUAGGGACCGGCGUGGUGUUUAACGUGUUAAGAGAUAAUUUCAUACUUGAUGAAUCGAAUACAUUCUUGAACGGAUCUAAUAUUUUCCUAUUAAGAAACUGAAAAAGUCAAUAAAGAAAAUCGUAUCCUUUAACUGAUUAUCCUUGAGAAACGAAUGAUAGCCUUGAUUAAAUGACAGCAUCGCCCGAAGACAUUGUCAACUAUUAUUUAGAAUACUCAAAUACGUCACCGAUUAUUAAUGUCCAAAUUUAACAUUAUUAUAAAAGCAGGUACUUUUGAAAA